ACUUCAAGCGUAUUUUCAAUGCUCCGCGGAGUGUCAAAACCAAGUCAAAACACAGCAGAAGAUCCACUGAAGCAAUGAUCAAAAAAGCCUGUCCAGCAUGCAAAUUGCAAGUGGCCGUGGCGUGCAAGAGUUGCAAAUGUGGACACUCGUUCUUCAACGCGCGUGCUCGCCGGAAUUCACAGAAGAUUGGCGAGGAAGGUGACGGUCAGAAGAGAAGGACUGGCAGAGUUCGCAGAGAGAAGCCCCAAUUCUACGAUCCCUCCAAGUUCGAGAACAAGCGGAAGAGGAACAAGAGGAAGAACAGCACCAAGUAUCCCAUUGAACCGAUCGGCAAGGGUCCCAAGGGUGGCCGAUUGAGGGGCCCCAGAAGGAAGACGAAGAAGGAGGAGGAGGAAUCUGGAAGCGAUGCCAUUUCACAGCUGUCUGAGGAGAAGCAGAAAAUCGCAUCGAUCAUUCUGGCGGAAAUAAAUCAAAAACUCGGCUCUGUCGUGUGGAAUCCAAAGUGAUUUAAUUAAACUUGGUUUUUCUUAUCAAAUAAAUUGAUCAUUGCAAGGCAAUCAAUCACAAAUUGAGUGGCGGCAAGAAGAGCUUCUUCUGCAGCGUAGA